GGCUGCUGCAGGCGUCCGCGCCGCAGUCUCUCCGCCUCGCCGCCUCGCCGCUCGCGCAGGUCCCGGCGGCGGCGCCGGCGCCCGCAGCUGCACAGCCGCCGGCGAGCUCUGGCAAGAAGGGCAAGGGCAGGCUCAACAUCCGGAUAGACGACGAGUGGUACGACCUGACCAACUGGCGCGCGGCGCACCCGGCGGGCACCCACUGGAUCGACGCGUACAACAACUCCGACGCCACCGAGGUGAUGUACGCCUUCCAUUCCGACAAGGCCAUCAGCAUGUUCAAGCGGCUGCCAAACUCCAGGGCGCCGCCCGAGGGCAUCGCGCCGCCGUCGGCGUCGACGUACGCGUUCCGCGAGCUGCGGCAGCGGCUGGUGGAGGAGGGGUGGUUCAAGAUCCACCCGCUCGGCGAGCUGCAGAAGCUGGCGCCCUGGUCCGCCGUCACCGCCGCCGGCGUCUGGCUCGCGCGGAGAUCCGGCUUUUGGUCUGCCUUUGCGGGCGUCGUCUGCCUCGCAAUCGGCAACUCGCUCGCAGGGUGGCUGUCGCACGACUACGUGCACGGCCGGCAGCCGUUUGCGUGGGCGAUGCGCGGCUUUGGGGAGCUGAUCGGCGGCAUGUCCACCACGUGGUGGUCCAACAAGCACAACAUGCACCACGCGCUGACCAACGAGGUUGGGUACGACGAGGACAUCGCCCUCGACCCCGCGCUGCACCUCUGGGCGCCCGACCCGCGGCACGACACGCUGCCGUGGCUGCGGCAGUGGCAGCACGUCUACUGGCCCCUCCCGUACUCGAUCCUCUUCCUCUACUGGCGCUUCGACUCGAUCCGGUACGUCCUCAAGGACAAGAAGUGGGGCGAGGCCGCGCGGCUAGCGGCGCACUGGGCGGCCUUCUCUGCGCUGGUGCCCUUCCGGCUCCUGCUCGCCUCGGUGUGGCUCUCGGGGCUCAUCACGGCGACCAUCGUGACGGUGACGCACCAGAGCGAGGAGAUCUUCCUCGGCGACACGCUGCGCAAGUACGACUUCGUCGAGGCGCAGUUCCGCUCCACGCGUGACGCAAAGUGCAACAACUGGUUCUCGGACGUGCUCUGGGGCGGCAUGCAGUGGCAGCUCGAGCACCACCUCUUCCCCACGAUGCCGCGCUACCGCUACCCGGCGCUCUCCAAGGUGCUCGCGCAGUUUGCGUCGGAGAACGACCUCACCUACCGCGUCACCGGCGAGUUCAAGAUCAUCGGCGACAACGUCGCCCUGCUCAAGAAGAUCGGGCAGGGGCCGCAGCAGCCGGGCAACCCGAACUCGGAGCCCCUCUUCAAGCAGGUCUGAGGGCGCCGCGCCACGGCACGCCGGCGCGGCCAGCCGCGCUCUCCCGCCCUCGCCGGUGGCGGGACGCGGCGCAUGGUAUGCGUUCGACGGUCGCCGGCCGUGGUGGAGGAUGCUGUUGGGCGGGGGUGGGGGGGGAUUCCCUCCUGGACUGUUGGUCUGAGUCGCAUGCGAUCAUGCCUCAUGUGGAGACGAUUCGACGCAUUCUCAUUGUAUGAGAGCGGGCAGUCCGCUCGCCCGAUAUUGUUUUUGCCGCUUCAGUAACUACUAGGGGAGACAUCUUGUCGUCGC